GGUACCUAGCAGCCCAGCGCCGGAUAAAUACUGGGACUUUCCUCCGCGCUUCAUAUAGAGCUGCAGUGCUGCAUCCUGGAUUGUAAAGGAAGAGAGUCACAGGAAGUAAUCUUUCCUGGUUGCUAUGGUAGCAGUGGUUUAGAAAUCCUGACUAAGAUAAACUGGAAAGCAGCAUCGUAUUAUGGAUAAUGAGUGGACUUGGGAUCAUGAAAAUUGGAAGAUCUGAUUAAGAUCCUGCUCCAUGCGCUUAUGUCAAUUUUUUAAUUAUAGAAAAUGAUGCUAAUUAAUAUAGGUGAUGAUAGGGUGUGUCUUAAGGAUUCACUAUGCGCCAAACAGUAUCCUUGGUAUUGGAGCUGCCAAAACAAAGAAUGAAACCAUCCCUGCAUUCUAAUGGGGGAGAUAAGUACAUGUAAGAAAUGUGCAACACAGACGAGAGUACCACGUACAGGCUGGGUAUACAGAAAUGUUGAAAAGCCAGAAAGUGUAUCAGAUCAUAUGUACAGAAUGGCUAUCAUGGCUUUUGUAACUGAAGAUAAGCAUCUUAAUAAAGACAGAUGUGUCCGACUUGCUCUGGUUCACGAUAUGGCAGAGUGCAUUGUUGGUGAUAUAGCUCCUGCAGAUAACAUCCCUAAAGAAGAAAAACACAAGCGAGAGAAGGAAGCCAUGAAGCAAUUAACCCAGCUGUUAUCAGAAGAUGUCAAGAAGGAAAUCUAUGAUCUCUGGGAAGAGUAUGAGAACCAGUCCAGUGCAGAAGCCAAGUUUGUGAAACAGCUGGACCAAUGUGAAAUGAUUCUCCAGGCAUUUGAGUAUGAGGACCUAGAAAACAAACCUGGAAAGCUUCAGGAAUUCUAUGACUCAACUGCAGGAAAAUUCAGCCACCCUGAAAUAGUGCAGCUUGUUUCUGAACUUACAGCAAAAAGAAAUGCUAAAAUAGCUGCAGGAACCAGUGAACUUCAUUCUUGAGAUGUUUGGGUUUGCUUUUUUUUUUUUUUUUUCAAGUUUCUGUAAUCAUGUAAUAAAUAUUUUAUUUUAUGAUUUAAGUCUGAUGAUAUGGUGUGUUUGCCACUAUAGCACUGUUGAUUUCCCCAGGUGUGAGUCUGUUUAUUUUCAUUUUCCAUGGGCUCCAGUGAGAAAUUAAAACUCUGUUUGGAUAUAAAGUCUGUUCCAGGGACUAGGACUACAGGGUCCUAGAGAUCAAAUGCUUUAUGUGGGGAUUGGAGUUAUCUUUGUUAUAAACAGCAAAAAAAAAAAAAAAAAAA